AUGGAGGAGGGCGCUUGCCUCUGCGGAGUGGGCUCUUCGCUGGGAUGUCGGCGUCGUCAGGAGUGCCAGGGCCCAGCUGAGAGGGCAGCGCCCAAGGGCAAGCAGUGUCAACAGGAGUGCCAGGGCCCAGCUGAGACGGCAGCGGCCGAGGGCAAGCCAGCCCUGGCAAAAAAGCACCUCGAGGCGGACACGGAAGCGCGGUGCUGUGCGGGGAGUGGAGGAAUCUCGAGCCCCAUGCCGCCCCCGCACUGCUCGCUGCAGGACCUGCCGGUGGAGAUGCUAGUGAAAAUCUUCAUCUUGCUCCCCGGCACCGACCUGCCCAGCCUGGCCCAGGCCUGCACCAAAUUCCACCACAUCCUGCACACUGACAGCAUCUGGAGACGGCGCUGCCGGGAAGAGUAUGGCGUUCGUGAAACCUUGCAGAACCUGAAGAUGAUCGGUAUGUCUUAUCGAGAAGUCUAUGCGAAGCUGCUCCACCCAUACAGAAACAUUUUGGGAUUGUGGCAGCUAGAUAAAGACUAUGGAACACUGCUGAAUGUAGUGGUAGAUGGCUUAUGCAUUACUGGUGGGACGUGCAGGCCUUCCCAUAACACCCAUGUGGAUGACCCAAUGCAAUUCAAGCCCUCCUUUAGAAUUCGCCUGACGGAGAGAAAAUCAGCCACACUGGAGUACCUGGACGACUUCUACAGCUUUUCCCACAGCCGCCACCUGCAGAUUCGGAAGGACAGGUUCAGCAUCCAGUGGAUCCAAAGAGACCACCGAAUGGAUUUACCACCGCAGAUUAGGAGAGAACGGGGGCUGGAGCUGGUGCGGGAGGACAGACAGCAGUAUGACUGGGUGACCUACCGUCGCCUCUACCUCCCACCAAGCCACCCGGAUGACCUCAUCAGGCCAGGCCUCUUCCAGUUCAAAGACGAGAGCUUCAGACCAAAGAAGAUUGCCAUACUCAGCUUCCAUGGGAAGUAUGCCAGGGUCACCGAGAUCAGGGGAGGGUUAAUCUGGACGUUUGAGAUCCACCUCAGGCACGGCAUCCAGCUGCGAGAUGGCCAGAUCUUCCGCAACUUCAACGAGCUCUCCUGCAUGGUCCGGGAGAUUGACGAGCAGGUGAUCCGGGAGCUGGAGCAGCAGCAAGAAGACGGGACUGAGGAAAGCCAGGGCCAUGGCUGGCAGAGCCCUGCCCAGCCCAGCGUCGGGGAGUCCGGGGCUGCAGCUUCGGAGGAGCAGCCUGUUCCGUUUGUUCUGCCUGUGGGCGUGCGCUCAAGAGACCAGAACUACCCCCAAACCUGCAGGAUGUGUUUCUAUGGAGUGCACAAUGUUAUCUUAAGUGGCUUCCACAACCUCAUGCGCCUCCCUGGAGUCGUCAUCCUGUUAGAUGAGAACCACCUCGGGUUCAUCUCGCUGGAGGAGAAAUACUUCAUCGUGCUUGCUUCCAUGCACUUUGAAGAUUUGACCUUCUGA